GACCUUGUUGACUGCGAGCUCAACAACCAUGGUGGAUAUGCUGUAUGUAUGUAGCAGAGAUGCAGAACUAUAGGUACAAGCAGACACCACAUACUGAAAUUCAAAACUGUGUAAUGCUCAGUGUAAACAAUCCGGUUAUGUAGAGUUUUGAUUUAAGUUUUUCUUUGUCCGUUGAGAAGACUUAUCUACCGACUGAUGUAGCUGGCACUAUAAUCUCUCGCUCAAAAGAUGUUGAGAAAAUGCAAAAACAGUUAUGAUGGCUGAAAUACAUCUAAUGGGAUCAUUCAACAUCCAAUUUACCGAAUAUUUGACAUAGAAAGGACAUCGUAUGUCACUAUGCAUGUGCCAAUUUUCGUGUCGUUUGUGCAGUUGAAGACAAGGGCUACCAAUGGAGAAAGAGUGCACAUGGUGGCCGAGAGGGAGUUACUGUCAGACCAUGGUGAGGAUGGUGGCAGGAGGAUGUACCUGCGGCGUGAGGAGAUGGGUGCAGGAACAGCCGGCGCGCGGAGGUGGCUGGUUCCGACGGCCCUGGUGAGCAACACCAUGAGACGGGAGCAGAGGCUGCACCAUGAGAAGGGAGCAGAGGUUGCUGGUUCCGGCGGCAGCAGAGGCCGCAGCUCACCCACCUGGCGUGAGAACGACGUGGCCGAACUGGUUCCAUUCCGGCGGAUGUGGCCGGAGGGCGAGUAUGGGUCCAGCGCCGCCGGAGGGCGAGUAUGGGUCCAGCGAGAGGAAAAACUGGCUUCCUGGCAACGUGGCCGGACUGGUUCCGUUCCGGCGGAUGUGGCCGGAAGGCGAGUAUGGGUCCAGCGAGAGAAAAACUGGCGUUCCUGGCGACGAACUGGCGUUCCUAGCGACGUGCGAUGGAGCUGUCGCACUUGUUUCUUUGUUUGGUUUGGCUCGGGCGUGUCUUUUUUUUGGUUUGGCAUGGACGUGGUUUUCUUUUUUGGUCAAUGCAUGGAGUGGACGUCGUUCGUGGAUUGAGACUGUUUUUCUUCGGCCGGUUCGUGAUCGUGGGCUGAGUUGGUGGCGA